CUCUGUGUUACAGCGAACACAAAUAAACCCAGAGAGAGCACAGGGUCAGAAGAACAUGCUCGGAUUUCAUGUGUUCAUGUUUCGUCCCACUGCUGUCUGGAGAAGCAAACGUAUCAUCAGCCGCUCAACUUCCUGCUGGUGAUUCAUUCUGCAGCCCGAGGCCUGUGGGUUUUUCCAGAGUUUGUGAGCGUCUGGGGAAUCACUGAUUGAAGUGGAGGAGGACGAGCGAGGACAGGGAGGAGAAAUAAACUGUGUGUGUGUGUGUGCGUGUGUGUGAGUGAGCGUGUGUGUGUGUGUGUGUGUGUGUGUGUGUGUGUGUGUGUGUGUGAGCGUGUGUGUGUGUGUGUGUGAGUGAGUGAGUGAGUGUGUGUGAGUGAGCGAGUGAGUGAGUGAGUGUGUGUGUGUGUGUGUGUGUGUGUGUGUGUGUGUGUGUGUGUGAGUGUGUGUGUGUGUGUGUGUGUGUGUGUGUGUGUGUGAGUGAGUGUGUGUGUGUGAGUGUGUGUGUGUGUGUGUGUGUGUGUGUGUGUGUGUGUGUGUGUGUGUGCGUGAGCGUGAGCGUGUGUGUGUGUGUGUGUGUGUGUGUGUGUGUGUGUGUGUGAGUGUGAGUGUGAGUGUGUUUUUGUGAAAAGUCAGGACAUAGAUGUGUAUAAUGACGAGGGUAUGGCAGGUAUUACAAGGUGAAGGUGGCAUCUCAGGACAUUGACCCAUGUCCCCACUUUUCAAAACGCUUAUAAAUCACUCAGAAUGAGGUUUUUUGGGGAAAGUUGAAAUGCACAGUUUCCUGUAAGGGGUAGGUUUAGGUGUAGGGUUGGUGUAGGGCAAUAGCACAUACAGUAAGUACAGUAUAAAAACCAUUACGCCUAUGGAGAGUCCCCACUUUUCACAAAAACGAACAUGUGUGUGAGUGAGUGUGUGUGUGUGAGUGUGUGUGUGUGUGUGUGUGAGUGUGUGUGUGUGUGUGUGUGUGUGUAUGUGUGUGUGUGUGUGUGUGUGUGUGUGUGUGUAUGUGUGUGUGUGUGUGUGUGUGUGUGUGUGUGUGUGUGUGUGUGUGUGUGUGUGUGUGUGUGUGUGUGUGUGUGAGCGUGUGUGUGAGUGUGUGUGUGUUAAAGCGUGCUUGAUUAAUCAUGCCAUUGAAACACUAACCAGAGAGAGAGAGAGUUUGUUGUAGAACAUGUCAGAUGUGAAUGAACAUGUUCAUCUUCAGCUCAGGCUCCUGAGGAUCUUCAUUUCAGUGAAGGUGUCGUGAUGUUGGCUGUGUUUCUGCUGCUGCUGGCCUCCGUGGCAUCCGUCCCGUCUCCCUCCAGACCCACGCCCAGGUACUGCCGCAGGUGCUGCGAUCACCUGGACCCGCCCCUGAGCCCCGCCCCCCCGCCUGCAGCCAAUCACACGCCGGAGAUCCGCACCAUCAUUAACAUGACCAUCCUCAAAGGGGAAAAAGGAGAGCGUGGGGACAGAGGGACGCCUGGCAAAGCCGGAGUGGACGGACCCCCUGGACUCAGAGGUGUGAUGGGGCCCAAAGGCAGUAAAGGAGACACUGGGGCCCCUGGAGACCCCUGCAAAAUCCAGCAGUCGUCUUUCUCCGUGGGCCGACGCAAAGCUCUGCACAGCGCCGAUUACUACCAGGCCCUGAUCUUCGACACCGUCUUCGUCAACCUGGGCGAACACUUCAACAUGUUCAAGGGCAAGUUCUACUGCUUCGUCCCGGGAGUCUAUUUCUUCAACGUCAACAUUCACACCUGGAACUUCAAGGAGACGUACCUGCACCUGAUGCACAACGAGCGGCAGCAGGUGAUCCUGUACGCACAGCCCAGCGAACGCUCCAUCAUGCAGAGCCAGAGCGUCAUGCUGUCGCUGGAGCUCAACGACGAGGUCUGGGUCCGGCUCUACAAGCGCCAGCGCGACAACGCCAUUUACAGCGACGACGUGGACAUCUACAUCACCUUCAACGGACACCUGGUGGCUCCUAAAGUCUAGGAGUGUGUAGAGGAACAGCCACACUGCAAAAAAAAGCCUUCUCUUACUUAGUAUUUUUGUCUUGUUUCUAGUCAAAAUAUCUAAAAAUUCUUAAAUUAAGAUGCAUUUACUUGGUAAGCAAAACAACGAAACAAAACAAAACAAGAUAUUUAGCCUUGUUUCGAGGGGAGAAAAUAAACUAAAUUAAGUGCAUUUUUCUGAAAACAAGUCAAAUUAUCUGCCUGCGGGUAAGUAAAAUAUUCACAGCGAUGCCAACAAAGAACCAUUCAGUCAAAGGUUCUUUAAAGAACCAUCUCUUUCUUACCUUUUUAUAAUCUGAAGAACCUUCUUUCGCCACAAUGAAACAGAAACAAGGUUCUUCAGAUGUUAAAGGUUCUUUAUGGAACCAUUUAGACAAAAAGGUUCUUCUGUGGCAUCGUGAAGCACCUUUAUUCUUAAGAGUGUACUGGCAGAUAAUUGUACUUAUUUUAAGCAAAAUUUUAAACAUUUAGUCCCCCCCCCCCCCCCAAGAAACAAGGAUAAUAUCUUGAGUUGUUUUGUUUACCAAGUAAAUGCAUCUUAAUUUAAGAAUAUUUAAAUAUUUUGACUAGAAACAAGACAAAAAUACUAAGAUAAGCCUUUUUUUUUGCAGUGCAGAGACGUGCGUGUGUGUGUGUGUGUGUGUGUGUGUGUGAAUGAACCUUUAGCUUUUCAAUUGAACACACUGCUGUUGAAGAAAAAUCCUUGAAAGGCAUAAAGAGUUUUACAGUGUUUGAUUCGAGCUGCUGAGCAGCCUGUCGAUUAACAGUGAGCAGGACUUUAUUCCAGACAAACGGGACUGUGUAUUUCAAAAUGAAUCAGGUCAAUCCAGCAGGAUGCGUUUCAUUCUCCUCCUCCACUCCCUGUGAUCAGUGAACGAAUCUGAGCGCUUCAAUCUUCCAGAUGUUAGGAAGCUGAUGGCCGCAUGUUACACGCUGGAGUUUACGCUGUGUCAGAAAACACUGAAGAUGCUGCAUCUGAUCAAAAAGUAGAAAAGGUCCAACUUACAUAACAAAUUUAGGUUAUAGAAACAUUGCAGGAACAUUGUUUUGAAUGUUUCUAAAACAUUAAAAUGUCCAGAAAAAUGUUUCUUGCAAUGUUCAAGUACAAAUAACAGCAUAAAGACAUUUUGAGAAUGUUGUUCCAACAUAUAAAUCAAAUAUUAAUACAUUGUCAUUUAGCAGAUGCUUUUAUCCAAAGCGACUUACAAAUGAUAAUAGAAGCAAUAAAAACCAACAAAAGAGCAAUAAUAUGCAAGUGCUAUGACAAGUCUCAGUUACUGUAACGCAGUACACAUGGCAAGGUUUUAUAUAUAUGUAUAUAACAAAAAGAAAACAAGUGGAUAGAAUAGAAAAAGAAUAGAGAACGCUACGGUUAGAGGCCUUUUUUAAAAAGAAAACAAGCAGUUAGAAAAUGAAUAGUGAGUGCUAGAGGGUUAGAGGGUCAAAUAAAGUUAUAUAAAUGUUACAUAAACAUUUCUUUAAGAAUGUUUUGUCCUUUUAAAUUACUUUUAUCAAAAUAUAUUUAUAUAACUUUUUAAAAAUGUUAACCAGCAUUGGUCCAAAGUUGACCGACCGACGAGGCAUGUCCUGAAAAUAAUUCUAUCGUAUUCUCAUUUGAUUUUAAACUGAUCCAACUCUUUACACUUCUUCCCUUGAACUCAAAACUCAUCUCUCAAACUGAGUUCAGUGUAAAGUCCAGUUUGUAAACACAGUAAAGAGCCGUUAACCCACAGAUGUGGUUUCUUUCUUCUGUGGAACAAAAGACGUUCUGAAGAAGAGCAUGGUCUCUCUUUAACUGUGAUGAAAGAUGCUGAGGAAAGGGACUGAAAAGCAUCAGAAAAGCAUAAAAUAACAAUACUAAUAAUAAUAAUCAUAAUGCUCUGAGAUCAGCGUUGUGAUGAUCUCUGUGAAUCUAAUCUCAGUUCAGAUCUCACAAUCAGCUCCACUGGUUUCCCUGUGAAACACACGCUUCUGUCUGAGAUUCAGUUUCAGGGAAAUAAAGUCCUUCGCUGGACUGAUGUCAUGAAACCGGGAGGUUUUUGUUUUUCAUGUUCAUUAGGUGCCUAAAAUGACCUCGUCAAGGUUUCUCUGAGGUUUUUCCAGGAACUGGUGCUAAACUGUACGUUUGCAGAUUUUCUGCAGGGGAAAGCAAGUAUUUCUGUAUUCUCACUUGUUUUUGCUCGUUUUUACCUGUGUAUGUUUAUACUGUUUCUAUUAAAUUCAGCAACAAAAUA